AUGGAAAGUCGAACGCCGUCGAUGAGAAGUCAGCCACUCACGACACUUCACGAAGGUCCUUCUAGUCGGCCCAGAAACAGUGUUAUCGUUAUCACACACGACUCCGACCUUUUGCAGGCAAACCCUUCGGAGUCGUCAACGUUCAAGUACAUCGUGCUUGAUUGUUCUGGAGUCGCAUAUGUGGAUCCUGAAGCACUUAAUGCUUCUCACGUGUAUUCCGAGCUACGCGAUGACAAUAUCAAACUACUAUUUGCUGGUGUUAAUGCGACCGUUCGUGAUUUCUUAGAAAUCAGCAAGUUCUUCGAUUUGGUUCCACGAAGCUAUUUCUUUCCAACCCUUCAGGAAGCACUUGGAUCACUCAGGAGCACGAACUUUCCGUUUCAUAUGAGCGUAUCGAUGAAUGGCUAUCGAGACGUGAUCACGCUGUCGACAGCACCGUCAAAUCUGGACAUAUCCUGCCAUUCUCCGGAGCCCGUAUGA